AUGGUUGAACGUGUUCCUUCGAUGCCCAGUCGUCCCCGCUACUGGGCUUACCUUUUGUUUUUAUUACCCCUUGUUUGCUUUUUAAUGUGGACAAUCGGUUUGAUUGUCCUUUUGGGUCUUUGGAGUGCUCAAGAUAAAUGGCAUACUCCUGGUGAACCCGAUCCUGUAUUUAUUAGUGAUAUGGGUGCAUAUACCAAAGGAUUUUUCAUUCCCAUGUGCGUUAUCACUGGUGCUUCUUAUCUUCUAAGUUUCCUCGCCAUUCGUCUUUGCAGACAAUGGCGAUUUUUAUAUCCGACCACGAAUAAGAUCGAGGCCAUCCUUGGUUGGUUUGCUGUAUUAACAGCUGCUGGUUGUGCCGCUUGUUUAAUCUCCUUGGCAAUUCGUGAUGAUGUGCAUCACGAUAAUAUUCACUGGAAGUUCACUGCAGCUUUUGUUGUGUUGGCUUUUGUUUCUGCCGCUAGUAAUAUUUUCGAGUGGCUCUCUGCUCACCGCCAUUAUCGCUUUAGCAGGUUAUUGGCUUUCUCAUUUUGGUCAAAAUUUAUAGUCAUUAUUACGGCUAUCGUUUGUGCCAUUGCAUUUGCUGGUUUGCGUCACUAUCAGAAUCGCUCCAAAUCAGCUAGAUUUGAGUGGGUUGUUGGAUUUUUAUGGGCUCUUUACAUUGCUUUGUUGUGUUUGGACGUACUUCCAGCCAUUUAUCAUGAACGUUAUCCAAGCUAUUCGGGUGACUUGGAGAAGGGUGGUUAUGGUACUCAGCAACCUGGUGCUGCUGAACAACCUGGUACUACUGAACAGCCAGGCGCUGCUUAUGCACCUCCUUCUGAGCCUCCAGCGGCCGUUACUCGAAACGAAGCUGAUCCCACUGAGCUUUAA